UAGAAUUUCAAGAUGGUAUGAAACAAGAAUUUCGAACAAGAUUUACUUUCUUCAAUUUAAUACAGCCAUAGAGAAUAUAAAAAUAUAGGUUUGAUUGACAUGACUGUCGAGGGUUUAUAUACGUUUCAGUUUCAAAGGACCAACAGACCGAGAGUAAUCGAGACAGUCAGAGAUAUAAUGGACCAAGAAUCAUUCCCAUUAUAUGAAACAAGUGGUUUCAAUGAGGGUAUCCCAGAAGUUUAUGAGUUCAGUGAAGUUGAUGAAAGCUCAAAUGAUGAAUCCGAUAUUUAUCGAACCAGAAACCCAUUUCUUAUUUUAAGAAGCAUAGUCUCAGGUUUCCUUUCGUUGUCUUCUGGAGAUUACAAGUUUAUUUCAAAAGUGUCGUCUAUUAUGUGGCAAGAUGGUAACACAUUAUACAAAGAUUACUAUGAGUAUAUCUCAACAAUUGAUUCUUUCUGUUUCUCACAGAAGUUCAGAGCCGUACUACAAGAAGCACCGGUCAAGACUUUGAGUAUAAAAACUGCAUAUCCGGGACUUUGUUCCUAUAAUUAUUUGAAAGAUCCUGAACUAGAACCCGAGACUUCUCCAUCCAAAAAAUUCCGAGUCAAGUAUAAGCUGUUACAGCAAUCAAGAACUAAGCUCAGAAAUUUAAGGCGACUACUCCGUCUUAGACAGUAUCCAUUAAAUAGAAGACCAGGAACCCUAACAGAAGAUGUUUUCAUAUCUCAAUGCAUGUAGAAAUUUAUAUAGGUAACCACGAAGAUUUGCUAUGUUUCAAAAUAAAUAUUCCUCGAGGAAAAUUUCCUAAUCGGAUUUUGACAAUGCAGAAAAUUAUCUCGCAUUGCAUUCACUAAAAAGUGAUCAGUAACACAA